GACACAACGCUGACAAGUAUGGACACAACGCUGACAAGUAUGGACACAACGCUGACAAGUAUGGACACAACGCUGACAAGUAUGGACACAACGCUGACAAGUAUGGACACAGCGCUGACAAGUAUGGACACAACGCUGACAAGUAUGGACACAACGCUGACAAGUAUGGACACAGCGCUGACAAGUAUGGACACAGCGCUGACAAGUAUGAACACAACGCUGACAAGUAUGGACACAACGCUGACAAGUAUGGACACAACGCUGACAAGUAUGGACACAGCGCUGACAAGUAUGGACACAACGCUGACAAGUAUGGACACAACGCUGACAAGUAUGGACACAACGCUGACAAGUAUGGACACAGCGCUGACAAGUAUGGACACAACGCUGACAAGUAUGGACACAACGCUGACAAGUAUGGACACAGCAGAUAUCAUCAGCGCUGUACGGACCUGGCUAGUGGAUAA